CCAAAGUCACAUGAUGCGGCAUCAACAAACACUGGCGUAAAACCGGUGCAGUGGGCAGUGUAGGAAGUCAUACAAAACUUGCUCACCUUCCAUCUCGUCACAUUUGGGCGAUGCAUCUGUACGCUGCAACUUUCCUGUGGAUAUCAUGCCUUCUUCCCAGCCAGGUUGAUCUCUUGAACAACGGGCUGGCAAGGACACCUCCCAUGGGGUGGCUAGCUUGGGAGAGGUUCAGGUGUGAUAUUGAUUGUAAAGAUGAUCCAGAUAAUUGUAUUAGUGAAAAGCUAUUCAGAACGAUGGGUGACCUGCUAGUGAAAGAGGGUUACAAGGAUGUAGGUUAUGAGUAUGUCAACAUAGAUGACUGCUGGCUUACUCACAGCAGGAAUGCUAAAAAUCAACUGGAAGCAGACCCUACGAGGUUUCCCAGUGGAAUUAAGAAUCUAUCUUCUUAUAUACACAAUCUUGGACUGAAGCUAGGUAUCUAUGAAGACUUUGGGACCAAAACUUGUGCGGGAUAUCCCGGGAUACUGUUCCAGAUGGACACAGAUGCCCAGACAUUUGCCGACUGGGGGGUGGACAUGCUGAAACUUGAUGGGUGUAAUGUUCCCACCGAACUUAUGCCUUAUGGAUAUCCAGAGAUGGGCAGAGCUCUCAAUAGAACUAACAGACCCAUAAUGUACUCUUGUAGUUGGCCUGCUUAUCUAGCAGGAGGACCAAAACUGCCAGACUAUCAAGCCAUCGCCCAAUCAUGCAACUUGUGGAGGAAUUACGAUGACAUUCAAGACUCCUGGGACAGCUUGAAGGGAAUUAUCGAUUUCUACGGAGAUGAUAAAGGGAACUUCAGUAUGUUUGCUGGGCCAGGGGCAUGGAAUGACCCAGAUAUGUUAAUCAUUGGCAAUUAUGGUCUGAGCUAUGACCAGCAGAGGGUUCAGAUGGCAAUGUGGGCCAUCAUGGCUUCCCCACUGCUCAUGGGGAACGAUCUAAGGCACAUAGCACCCGAGUCUAAGGCAAUACUGCAGAAUAAGAAUGUAAUAGCUAUCAACCAAGAUCCCAUGGGAAAAAUGGGGAAGAGAGUUAUUAAGAACAAUGACAUUCAAGUGUGGACGCGCCCUGUUAUGCCAACUGGAAGCUACGCCUUCACCAUUGUAAACUAUGGUGUAUAUGGCACACCGGCGAAGCUGAACUACAAGUUAAGUGACAUGGGAAUAUCAGGGUCAAAGUCUUACCUCAUCACAGAAGUGUUUGAUGGGAGCAAAAUAGGAGUUCACACAACUAGUGAUGUAGUUACUUACAGCGUCAAUCCCACUGGUGUGUUUAUGGGAAAGGCAGUGCCACAGUGAUAAAAGGAGAAAAAUGGUUUGAAGAGAGUAUCUCAACAAUAUGGAGCUUGAUGCAAGCUAUAAUGUUAAAGGUGCCACUUGAUAUUUGCAAAAAAAAAAAAAAAUUGACUUUACUGAUUGACAAUUAAAAAAAAGAUAUUUGCCAAUGAGAAAGUUUUGUUUGAAUUUUGAUUGAUGUCAGUAUGGUAAUUGGCACAAGAUGAAUUUUGUGCUAGUUUGGUUCAAGUAUAUUAAAAAUCCCUGUAGCUUUAUGACAGUAAUAAGUUUUGGCAAAUGACAGCUGUGUUAUGAUUAAAAUGACAAAUCAUUGGCAGCAAUUAUCUCUUUUUGGUUACUUUCAUUAUGUAACAAUAAUAAAUUAAACAUUUUGCAUAAUACCUCUUCAUUUUCUAUGUCUGUAGGUAUUUAAUAUAGAAAGAUAAGUCUGUCAUUGUCAUGUUAACAUUUUGUACAAGUAUAACAAGGAUUGCCUUUGUAUAGUGAACAAAGACAAAUUGCCCUUUUUACAUGUCCCAUGUAACAAGUAAUCUGUUUUUUUUUUUCAUCUUACAUUCCAUGCCAAAAAGUUUUUAAAAACUUAAUUUUUAUCAAAUUUAUAAUAUCUUUGUUAAACAUUGUUGAAGAGUGAAGAUGGCCAAAUGUCAGGUGAUUUUUUUUCUGACUUUGGUUCAAAACUAGAUGUUAAAAAAAUGUAGUUCAAGUACAACAUAUGCAUACACAAAAUUAAGGCUUUUGUUCGAAUGUUGAGUUUAUUUUCUGUGAUCUGUGUAAUGCAUUAAAUGUCAGGAUUUUGUAGAGAUUUUAGAAGAUACAUUGGUAAAUCAAAUUAUUUUCCACCACUUUCAUUUGAAAAUCAUUUCUCAAUAAUUCAAACCUGAUAUCUCUCAUGAAAUCAAAUAAUAUAGUGUGUAAUUUCCAUAUCCUGGUAAAGCCUUCAAAAGGUACCAUUGCUAUGCAGGUCUUAGGAGCUAGCAUACAGGUAGCGUUGUUGAAUGUUGCUUGUUAUAAUUUGUAUGAAAUCAGAAAACUGGAGAAAUAAUUAUCUUUGACAAUAAAGACUGAUUCAGAAGCUG